AUGAUUGCCCAAGAAACGAUCUUUAAUUCCGAUUACCGCAGGCUAUCCAACGAAAAACCUUCGGCAGUGUUCAGAUUACGUGGCGGUUACACACCUGCACAACUACAGUCCCACUCAACACUUUCUUCAGCGGCUGCAAUUGGAGGGCCCGCAGCGAAUGACGUGACCGCAAUUCUAGGGAUUGCAGUAGAACCUGUUCAAACAGUUGAAGCUCAGAUUAAUAACAACUCCAUGGUACAGACGGCCCAGUCGACUGGGCAACUAGUAAAACCUGCUUCUCAAGGAUUGGCGGACCCAGCUAUACUCGCAGAGAAAAUCGUGAAGCAUAUGUUCACCUACCUGUCGUCAUUUGUCUCAGAUCCUGGGUCUCUGUCCCCAGACACUGUGGUUCCACUCAAUAUUAUUCGUCGCUGGUACGAUAAUUUCUUGACCAAAAUUCGCUCUGGUGGUGUGUCCUUUUUGGAUAAUCAAGAAUAA